GGGAUCAACAGCCUCUCGUGGAAUAUUUUAGUGUGUUAAACCUUUUGUCCCUGCCAGACCAUACUGUUUUAAAGUAAUUAUUUACCAGUGCAUGUGUUCCUAUAGCUAUUAAUAACCGUAGUGGAAUAACUGCAACUACACGGUGCUGCAGGAGGACGUCCAAAAUGUAUCCGAGUGGAGCAGCUGGGGAUUCCUCUCCUCCCCCCCCUCCACCUCCAGAGUAUGUGUUCAAACCCCCUCCGCGGCCGGACUUCGGCACCAUGGGCCGGCCGAUUAAGCUGCAGGCCAACUUCUUCGAGAUGGAGAUACCCAAAUUGGAGGUGUACCAUUACGACAUCGACAUCAAGCCCGAGAAAUGCCCUAGAAGAGUCAAUCGUGAAAUUGUGGCGCACAUGGUCCAGCACUUUAAAACACAGAUCUUCGGAGAUCGGAAGCCUGUCUACGAUGGGAGAAAGAACCUCUACACAGCUAUGCCAUUGCCCAUAGGGAGGGACAAAGUGGAGCUUGAGGUGACCAUCCCUGGGGAGGGGAAGGACAGGAGCUUCAAGGUGGCCAUUAAGUGGGUGUCGUGUGUCAGCUUGCAAGCCCUCCACGAAGCGCUGUCUGGACGCCUGCCAAGUAUUCCUUUCGAGACUAUCCAGGCCCUGGAUGUGGUCAUGAGGCAUUUGCCCUCAAUGAAUUACACCCCCGUCGGACGCUCCUUCUUCACCUCCUCAGAGGGCUGCUCCAACCCCCUAGGGGGCGGGAGAGAGGUCUGGUUUGGCUUCCACCAGUCUGUCAGACCCUCCUUGUGGAAAAUGAUGCUGAAUAUUGAUGUGUCGGCCACUGCUUUCUACAAAGCCCAGCCUGUGAUUGAGUUCAUGUGUGAAGUUUUGGAUUUCAAAAGCAUUGAAGAACAACAGAAGCCCUUAACCGACUCCCAGAGAGUAAAGUUUACCAAGGAAAUCAAAGGCCUGAAGGUUGAGAUCACUCACUGUGGACAGAUGAAGAGGAAGUACAGAGUAUGCAAUGUGACAAGAAGACCCGCCAGCCAUCAGACAUUCCCUCUGCAGCAGGAGAAUGGCCAGACCAUUGAAUGCACUGUAGCUCAGUACUUCAAAGACAAGUACAAACUGGUGCUGAGGUAUCCUCACCUGCCAUGCCUACAGGUGGGGCAGGAGCAGAAGCACACAUACCUUCCUCUUGAGGUGUGCAACAUAGUUGCGGGGCAGAGGUGCAUAAAGAAGCUGACUGACAAUCAGACCUCCACUAUGAUCCGCGCCACUGCCCGGUCCGCACCUGACCGCCAAGACGAGAUCAGCAAGCUGAUGAGAAGUGCCAACUUUAACACUGAUCCUUACGUUCGUGAGUUUGGGGUGAUGGUGAGAGACGAGAUGACGGAGGUCAACGGCCGUGUCCUCCAAGCCCCAUCGAUCCUCUAUGGGGGCCGGGUAUGUAACAAAGCAAUAGCCACCCCGAUCCAGGGCGUGUGGGACAUGAGGAAUAAGCAGUUCCACACAGGGAUCGAGAUCAAGGUUUGGGCCAUCGCGUGCUUCGCCCCCCAGAGGCAGUGCACAGAGCUGCUGCUUAAGGCGUUCACAGACCAGCUGCGCAAGAUCUCUCGGGACGCUGGCAUGCCCAUCCAGGGCCAGCCCUGCUUCUGCAAGUACGCCCAGGGAGCCGACAGUGUGGAGCCCAUGUUCAAGCACCUCAAGUACACCUACCAGGGCCUGCAGCUCGUGGUGGUCAUUCUGCCUGGCAAGACCCCGGUCUACGCGGAGGUGAAGCGUGUGGGUGACACAGUGCUGGGCAUGGCCACCCAGUGUGUGCAGGUGAAGAAUGUCCUGAAGACCACACCGCAGACCCUCUCCAACCUCUGCCUGAAGAUCAACGUCAAGCUCGGAGGAGUCAACAACAUCCUGCUCCCACAGGGCAGGCCACUGGUGUUCCAGCAGCCUGUUAUCUUCCUGGGGGCAGAUGUCACACACCCCCCAGCUGGAGAUGGGAAGAAGCCCUCUAUUGCUGCGGUGGUGGGCAGCAUGGACGCCCACCCGAGCCGCUACUGUGCCACGGUCCGCGUGCAGCAGCACCGGCAGGACAUCAUCCAGGACCUCGCCACCAUGGUGCGGGAGCUGCUCAUCCAGUUCUACAAGUCCACCCGCUUUAAGCCCACCCGCAUCAUCUACUACCGCGAUGGCAUUUCCGAGGGCCAGUUCAACCAGGUGAGCCCACAGGUCCUCCAACAUGAGUUGCUAGCUAUCCGAGAGGCGUGCAUCAAGCUGGAGAAGGACUACCAGCCGGGCAUCACCUUUGUGGUGGUGCAGAAGAGACACCACACCAGGCUCUUCUGCAUGGACAGGAAUGAGCGGGUGGGAAAGAGUGGCAACAUACCUGCAGGCACCACAGUGGACACCAAAAUCACUCACCCAUCAGAGUUUGACUUCUACCUCUGUAGCCAUGCAGGCAUCCAGGGCACCAGUCGGCCCUCGCAUUACCACGUGCUGUGGGACGACAACCACUUUACGUCGGACGAGCUGCAGGUGCUCACCUACCAGCUGUGCCACACCUACGUGCGCUGCACCCGCUCCGUGUCCAUCCCCGCGCCAGCCUACUACGCUCACCUGGUGGCGUUCCGCGCCCGCUACCAUCUGGUGGACAAGGAGCACGACAGUGCGGAGGGCAGCCAUACAUCAGGCCAGAGCAACGGACGGGACCAGCAGGCCCUGGCCAAGGCGGUGCAGAUCCACCAGGACACGCUGCGCACCAUGUACUUUGCCUGAGCGCCAGCCAAAGUCGGCGGAUCAGCCGUGGCAGCACUUAGGGCAGCAUCGCACCAGGAAGGAAUGAACUAUGGAUCUAAAAAGACCCAGAUCUGCCUCUCCCCUGGCCCCCUUGUGCUCUAUGGACUUCUUCAGAACAGGUUACACAGCGCCAUGUCUGAGACCCCACAUGGACAGACAAACAAACAAACAAACAAAACAAAACAAAACAAAACAACUUUCCCCCCGUUGCACUCCCAAAAGGCCACAACAUGUAUUCCAAAAUCCAAACUAACUCAGCCACCCCCACCCCAUCUAAACAUCUAAUGGAUGUGAUGCAGGGCCAUGUAAAGAAGGGGUCAUUGCUAAAUUGUGUGUGCGUGCGUGUGUGUGCGUGUGUGUUUUUCUUUUUAUAUAUAUAUAUGUUUAUUGUAAAUGUUUUAUAUUUGUACAUGUAGGGGCUGACUUGUUUACAUAGGAGAGCAAUCCUAUCCA